AUGAAUAAGAAAGAUGCACUAUAUAGAUCUACAAGAACCCUUGCAACUGAAUUGACAAAUACUCAAAAAAUUCUAAACAAACUAGAUGCGAUUACAGCGAUGUUAGCUACAUUGCACAAUGAUCUUGCUUUAUCGAUAUAUCAUCUUGAUGAAGUGGAAAAGUACCUAAAUAUUUUUACGAUCAUAUCCAAAAAAGCUGCUGAACUCAAUGAAGUGGUUAAAGCAGAAGGCGCGAUGAAAACAGACACU